CGACACGAAAGUGAUGUUUUGGUAGUGAACCUGAAAUAUUCUCGAGGACAAUGUUAGCUGGUAAUUUAUAACAUUGUCAGUUUUUGAAGUUGUAAAUGGUAUAUUCGGAUACUUGACUCCGGACUUGUCGAUGUCAUCCGGUCGUCAUUGUCCCGCACAAGCACAAAAGGAUUCCGUAGCCUCGUCCUCUCAUCUCCCGCCAAUCAUACUCUUCCAACAUCGGCAACCAAUCGGUGAACUCCAAGAAUUUUCGACGAGGCUGUCGCUUUUGCACUUCUUUGCUGGUCCAACAACUAAUUACCCUUUCUCUACAGUCAAUCCCACCUCUCGACUACAUACCUACUGUAACAUCGGACCUUUUUUUUUCGGUCAAACACAACCCGCAACUGAACUGUACCCCCUCCUUUUUCCUAUCCUACCUCUCUGUCUGUCAUUGGGAAACCACGCCCGGAACAUACAGACACAACCGCAAGAAUGGUUCUGAGGAUCCGUCUAGCCCGCUUCGGCACCAAACGCGCACCCGUCUACAACAUCGUGUUGGCCCAGGCAAAGUCUGCCCGAGGCAAAAAACCCAUCGAGGUUCUGGGGACGUACGACCCCAUCCCUCGCCUACCCCUCGCCACCCCCGACACCCCCGAGUACCUCGCCGACGGGUCGACCAAGUUCGUUCCCCGACGGUACAAGGACAUCAAGCUCGACGCGAGCCGGACAAAGUACUGGUUGGGCGUCGGUGCGCAACCCACGGAACCCGUGGUCAAGUUGUUGAGCAUGAUUGGCUUGAUCGAACCUAAACCAUCAUCGGCAUCGUCGUCGUCACCAUCGAGAACGAUGCCAUCCUCAUCCCCAUCUACAGAAUCUAUCCCAACACAACAGCAACAGAAACCCGCGACGACUGCGACAGCAUGAGCGAGAAACAAAAGCAAUAACAAUCGGCCUCUCCUCCCAAAAUUUCUGUACAUCAUACAUAGCAUAGCGCUGGCGUUUUGGGCUCCUCAGUCAAUCGCAGGAGAAGAUCUAGGGAGAAGACCAUGAAGGUUUAAAGAUGGAAGACACAUCACUUGUUCUUGUACAAAGAAUUGGCAAAUGAAUACAACACUUCAACAAUGUCACUUUUUACAAAACGUGAAAACAAGAACCCAAAAUGAAUAAAGGAGGUGUACAGCAUUGUCACAUUGUUUACUUGCACGCAAGUCCAGAGCUGUCUGUCUGUCGCUGGGUCUACCAAUCACUCAAUCAUUGAUCGAUUGAGCAACUUCCCAUCUUGACCAUAUUCACAUGUGUCAUGGUAUCAUGUUUACAUUCACAUCUAUGGCC